AUGUCCGAAGAACUUGUUAAUAUAUUUAAUAUAUUACUCGGAAUAUCUAUGGUCAUUGGUCCUGUAUUAGGAUACUUUGACCAAAUUAAAAAAUUUCGGGAGACAAAGUCAAGUUCAGGAUACUCCUUAGACACCACAGGAAUAUUGUUAGUUAGCAGUAUUAUUCGCGUUUACUUUUGGAUUGGGAAAAAGUUUGACACGGUACUUCUUUAUCAAAGUCUUUUGAUGAUAUCAGUUCAGCUUAUUCUAUUAUAUGAGUGCCUCAAAUUUAGAUAUCCAAUUUUACCAACUUCAAACCGACGAUGGUUUUGGAAUUGGUAUACAUAUAAAUCUUAUUUGAUUUUUCUAAUUGCUUUAAUUGGAAUGUUAGGAAUUUUUCAACUAAUAUUUUAUGAACAAGAAUGGUUCAUUGAAACUUUGGGUUAUUUGUCACUCGGGAUUGAAAGCACUGUGCCAAUGCCUCAAGCCUAUAAAAAUUUUAAAAGACAUUCUGUGUCAGGAUUCAGUAAAUGGAUCAUUUUAACGUGGGUGGGUGGUGACUCAUUUAAAACGUUUUAUUAUAUUUAUACACAUGCACCACUUCAAUUUAUUCUCUGUGGUAUCGUACAAUUAAGUGUAGAUUUUGUGAUUGUAUUUCAAACUGUUAUUUAUGGUCGUAAAAUGAGAGAAAUUUUUGGUUUAAAUGAUACUAGAUGGUAUAAUAAUAGACCUUCAAGUUAUAGUUCUUUAGAAAACGUUUAA